CUUUGCUAUUGCUACAUCAGUUACAUUAACCAUGGACAUCUCGAAACCCGUAGGAUCCGAGAUUGUGUCGGUGGACUUCUGUGCCAUGAGCACCGGCGAAGUGCGCCGGCGUUCUGCCAAGCAGAUCACCAAUCCGACCGUAUUUGACAAUUUGGGACAUCCGGUCAGUGGUGGUUUGUACGAUAUGGCUCUUGGAGCAUUCCUUCGUAACUUGUGUACCACCUGUGGCUUGGACGAGAAGUUCUGCCCGGGCCACCAGGGCCAUAUCGAGCUCCCUGUGCCUGUCUACAACCCGUUGUUCUUCAACCAGAUGUAUUUGUAUUUGCGUAGUGCCUGUUUGUAUUGUCAUCAAUUCCGGUUGAAUGAAUUGGAAGUGCACCGGUUUGUGUGCAAGUUACGAUUGAUCCAAUAUGGUUUGUUGUUGGAGUGUGUAGAAUUGGACAACAUGUUGGUUGAAGCUGGAGCUGGAGCUGCUACUGAUGAUGAUGAUGAGAACAAUGGACCUGCCUUGUCUCAUCGUGCCAAGGUUGAACUUCGUCAACGUCGUGAACUUUUCGUUGACACCGCAGUGGCACGUGCCUUGAGUGACGGUAGAACCUCAGAACGUGGGAUCCAUACUGCCUCUGUCAUUGAAGAAAGAAAGGCUGUCAUCCAUGAAUUCUACAAGAAAUUGUUGAGUAGACCAAAGUGUGACAAUUGUGGCAUGUACUCGCCAACUUUCAGAAAGGAUGGCUUUGUCAAGUUGUUUGAAAAUGCCUUGAGAGAUAAGCAAGUGACCAAUAACCGAGUCAAAGGUUUGGAAAGACCAGACAUGAUCAAGAAUAAGUCCAAGGAUAACUCUAAGGAAUCUUCCAAGGAAUCUUCUGGAUCUGGUCUCCCAUCGCUCAAGCAUAAGGCUGGCUCUAAAUAUGUUCUUUCCACUGAAGUACGUAACAUUCUUCGUGCCGUCUUCCUCAAGGAACAAGCCAUCAUUCAAAAGCUUUUCCAUUCAAGACCAUUGUCUACUGAAACCGUUUCGGCUGACAUUUUCUUCCUUCAAGCGUUGGUGGUUCCAGCCACCAGAUUCCGUCUUCCUUCCAAACUUGGAGAUGAAAUCCAUGAGAAUGCUCAAAAUGAACUUCUCUCCAACAUCUUGAAGACCUCAUUACUCAUCCGUGACUUGAACGAUCAAAUCGUGCAACAACAGGGUAAAGGAUCGCCUGCGGAACAACGUAGAAUCACCUUCAACCGGUUGAUGAACGGGUUCGUGACCAUUCAAAACGACGUCAAUGCCUUUAUUGAUUCCACCAAGAACCAAAACGCCCCCGCUGGGAAACUCCCUAACCCAGGGAUCAAGCAAGCGCUUGAAAAAAAGGAAGGUCUUUUCAGAAAGCAUAUGAUGGGUAAGCGUGUGAACUACGCGGCCAGAUCGGUCAUUUCGCCAGAUCCAAUGUUGGAAACCAACGAAAUCGGGGUCCCACCAGUGUUUGCCGUCAAGUUGACCUACCCGGAACCCGUGACCGCCCACAAUGCAUCUGCUCUUCGUCAAGCGGUCAUCAACGGGCCAGACAAGUGGCCUGGUGCAGUCCAGAUCCAAAAUGAAGAUGGACAAUUGGUGUCACUUAUUGGUAUGACCUUGGAACAAAGAAAGACCUUGGCCAAUCAAUUGCUCACUCCAACCAACGGACAAAGCGUCGUCAACAAGAAGGUUUACCGUCAUAUCAAGAACAAUGACGUGGUGCUUAUGAACAGACAACCAACUUUGCACAAGGCCUCGAUGAUGGGUCACAAGGUCAGAGUGUUACCUGGUGAAAAGACCUUGCGUCUUCAUUAUGCCAACACUGGUGCCUAUAAUGCCGAUUUCGAUGGUGAUGAAAUGAACAUGCAUUUCCCACAAAAUGAAAACGCCAAGGCCGAAGCUUUGAACUUGGCCAACACCGACAGUCAAUACUUGACCCCAACUUCUGGUUCCCCAUUGAGAGGGUUGAUUCAAGAUCACAUUUCCGCCGGGGUUUGGCUCACCAGUAAGGACAGUUUCUUCACCAGGGAGCAAUACCAGCAGUUGGUCUAUGGUUGUAUCCGUCCCGAGGAUGGACACGCCACCAGUGGUAGAAUCUUGACCGUACCACCAGUCAUGAUCAAGCCACAGGAGUUGUGGACCGGUAAGCAAGUCAUCACCACCGUCUUGCUCAAUAUCAAGCCAUUGAACGUCCCUGGUCUUAAUCUUGUCAGUAAGAACAAGGUCAAGAAUGAAUACUGGGGUGAAGGUUCUCAGGAAAAUACCGUCUUGUUCCAAAACGGACAAUUAUUGUGCGGUAUCUUGGACAAGUCUCAAUACGGUGCCCUGCAGUACGGGUUGGUCCACUCCUUGCACGAGGUUUACGGACCCUCCGUUGCUGGUAAGGCCCUUUCUGUGUUGGGACGUCUUUUCACCAACUACAUCAUGCAAACCGCCUUCACCUGUGGUAUGGAUGACUUGAGACUUACCGACGAGGGUAACACCUGGAGAAAGGAUAUCUUGAAGCAAUCAGUCGACAUUGGUCGUGCUGCCGCCGCUGAAGUGGCCAACUUGGGUGCUGACGUUGCCAACGAUGACCCUGAACUCUUGAAGCGGUUGGAGGGCAUUCUUCGUGAUGACAACAACUUGGGUAUCUUGGAUGCCGUCACCCAAAGUAAGGUGAACAGUAUCACUUCUCAAGUCGUGGCCAAGUGUGUUCCUGGAGGAACCAUGAAGAGAUUCCCAUACAACUCCAUGCAAGCCAUGGCACUUUCCGGUGCCAAGGGUUCCAACGUCAAUGUUUCCCAGAUUAUGUGUUUGCUUGGACAACAAGCCUUGGAAGGUAGACGUGUCCCAGUCAUGGUUAGUGGUAAGACCUUGCCAUCUUUCAAGCCAUUUGAAACUGAUGCUAGAGCCGGUGGGUACAUCAAGGGUCGUUUCUACUCUGGUAUCCGUCCUCAAGAAUACUACUUCCAUUGUAUGGCCGGUAGAGAAGGUUUGAUUGAUACUGCCGUCAAGACUUCUAGAUCUGGUUACUUGCAAAGAUGUUUGACCAAGCAAUUGGAAGGGGUCCAUGUUGGUUAUGAUAACUCUGUGAGAGAUGGAGAUGGAUCCUUGAUCCAAUUCUUGUACGGGGGUGAUGCCAUUGACACCACCAAGCAAUCACACAUGACUCAAUUUGAGUUCUGUGCUGAAAACUACGACGCCUUACUUUCCAAGUACAACCCAGGUGAGUUGACCCAACAUUUGGACACCGACACCGCCUUGCUGUACGCCAAGAAGGCCAGAAAGAACCUCAAGAAGCAACAAGACAAGCCUCAUUACGAACAAUCCGACAAGUACGACCCAGUGUUGUCUGUGUACAACCCAGCCAAGUACUUGGGAUCUGUUUCCGAAAAGUUCCAAGACGACCUUGAUGCCUUUAUUGCCAAGAACGGCCAAUUGUUCACCUCUUCCAAGGAGGCUAAGACUUCUGGUAGCGGACUCACUGAAAAGAAGUUCCGUGCUCUUAUGCAAUUGAAGUACAUGAGAUCUCUUAUUAACCCAGGUGAGGCUGUCGGUAUCAUUGCCUCUCAAUCGGUUGGUGAACCAUCUACUCAAAUGACGUUGAACACUUUCCAUUUCGCUGGUCACGGUGCCGCUAACGUUACCUUGGGUAUCCCACGUAUGAGAGAAAUCAUUAUGACUGCCUCUUCUGCCAUCAAGACCCCACAAAUGACCUUGCCUAUCUUGGCCGAUGUCACUGACGAGCAAGCCGAUGCCUUCUGUAAGAGUGUGGCCAGAGUGGUUCUUUCUGAAUUCAUUGACAGAGUCACCGUCACUGAAACCACCGGAGGUGGCAGUGACGACAACUCCUCAAGACUGUACCUCAUCAAGAUGAACUUCUACACCAAGAAGGAAUACGAGGAGGCAUACGACAUCUCUCAACAACACUUGGAGAACGUGAUCACCACCAAGUUCCUCCAUGCCUUGGAGGCUCUGAUCACCAAGGAGGUCAAGAAGCAAAAGAGACCAGACAGCUUGCCUAGUGUUGGUAAGUCUGCUGGAAAGGUUGACGAGGGUAGAGGUAAGAUUGAAGAAGAAGACGAUGAACAAACCAGAAGUACCGGUAAGCAAGCGGUUUCAUACGAUGGUCCUGACGAUGAGGAAAUCGAAACCAUGAAGAGAGCUGAAGAAACUUCUGACGAAGACGAAGAAAUGGCCAGUGGCGAUGAAGAUGACAGUGACAGUGACAGUGAUGAUGAAGGUGCUUCUUCUACUCAAGCUGCUGCUCCAGUUAAGAAGGCUCCACUUGCCCUGUCUGUUUCUGCCAAGAACCGUCAAAGUGAGGUCAUUUCCUCUCACAACCUUGUGUCUGCGUUCAACUUUGACGAUGACGAAGGUACUUGGUGUGAGUUCCAGAUCGACUUGUCUGGAGACACUCAAAAGCUUCUUAUGGUGAACAUUGUCGAAGAUCUCUGUAGAAAGGUUGUUGUUCGUGAAAUCCCACACAUUGGAAGAUGUGUGCACCCACAACCAGAGGCCAACGGUAAGCGUAUUCUCACUACCGAGGGGGUCAACUUCAGCGCCAUGUGGGAGCAAGACGACUUCAUCGAUGUCAACGGGAUCACUUCUAACGACAUUGCCGCUGUGUUGAAGACUUACGGGGUUGAAGCCGCCAGAAACACCAUUGUCAACGAAAUCAACAACGUUUUCGACAGAUAUGCCAUUGCCGUUUCGUCGCGUCAUUUGGACUUGAUUGGUGACAUGAUGACCCGUGAAGGGUCCUACUUGGCCUUCAAUAGACAAGGUAUCGACACUUCUACAUCCGCAUUCAUGAAGAUGUCGUACGAGACCACUUGUCAAUUCUUGACCAAGGCCGUUUUGGACGGUGAAAGAGAAGAUUUGGAAUCCCCAUCCGCCAGAAUCGUGAUGGGUAAGUUGUCAAAUGUCGGUACUGGCUCGUUUGAAGUGUUUGCGAGCAUGCCAGAGGUGAAUUAAGGAUAUCAUAAUAUAAUUGCAUAUAGUAUAAAUUGUUUAAAGAUUUAAAAUAAGACA